CCUCAGUGUCCCUGCAGUGUGUGUCCCUGCAGUGUGUGUUCCUCAGUGUCCCUGCAGUGUGCCCCCCAGCCUGUCCCCUGUGUGGUGGCUGACCCCUGAGCACAGCCCUGCUGCCAUCCCCGGUGUCACCUGGCCCUGACCACAGCCCAGCAGAACAGGGGCAGCGUGAGGGUGGCCAGGCCCUGCCCUGGCACUGGGCUGCUGCCAUGUCCUGGGCCAGUUCUGAGGGUGAGGCCCAGGACCUGUGACCUCACAGUGGCACAUGGGGUAGUGUCACACAGCAUGCCAGGGAGACAGGAUGGUGAAGAGCAUGGCACAGGAAGGCUGUGGUGAGGACUGUAGGCAGCAGCAGGAGCAGGUGCUGCUGAGGAGAGGGCCACAGCCCCAGAGCUCUGCCCUGCUCUUCCAGCUGCCCCAGGCCUGGCCUCUCCUGUGGGCAGCAGUGAGAGAGUGGCCAAAAUAUGGCACGUCGGGGGAGGUUCCUGCACCUCAGGAUCAGCCUGAGGGCUCCUGCAGAUGUCUGCCAGAGCUGACCAGCUCCAUCCAGCAGCUUCAGCAGGAGACACAGCCCUGGCAGCCCAAGGACCAAAGGCAAGCAUUGGUGCUGGAGCCACAGGAUGGGGAGCCCAGAGCAUGCCAGGACACACAGCAGGAGGAUCUGGACCCAGCUCAGAUGCUGGCCAUGAUAGAGGCAUUGCAGCUGGACCUGGACUUCUGCAGGGAGACAAACCACAAACAACUGGUCCAGCUGCAGGAGCAGGAGCGUGCAGUGGAGCAGGAACACCAGGAGUUGGUCAUUCUGAUACAGCAAUUCCAGGCACUGCUGGGCAAGAUCAGUGAUGCAUCCCUCGACCUGAAGGACCAGGCAGUGCAGACAGAGGUCACCUCCUACCUGGCGGCCCACAGUGAUUUUGACACCAGCCACAUCCCACCAGAGACCAGAGAGCUGCUCAAGCAGCUGGGGGCACAGGAGCAGAGCCAGGGCCUGCAGCACAGCCCAGCCCAGCUGCCAGAGCAGCUGGGAGCCACCCAGGCCCAGGAGCAGCAGGGUCUGCAGCAGCUGAGCAGAGACAAAGAGGCCAUCCAAGGCCUACACCAAAAAGUGGCAGAGCUGCAGCAACAGCUUUGCUGGCAGGUGCAGGACAUGGAGAACCUCCAGGCAGAGCUGGACCAAGCUCAGCAAGAGAGUGCCAAACAGGCAGAAAAGAUUGCAGCCUACAAGACACACAGGCAGCAGCUUCAUCGGCAGCUGAGGAAGAUGCAGAGCUUCAAGGUGCAGAGCAAACAGAAGACCUCCUCCCUCCAGGAGAAGCUGCAGGAGCUGAGCAGCCUAGUCCAACACUGGCAGCAGCUACACCUGGACUGUGAGCGAACUCUGGCUCAGCGAGAAGAGGAGCUGGUUGUCUGCAAGGUGGAGCUGGCUUUCCUUAAGGAAGAACUCAGCAGGAAGACAAAGCAGGUGCAGGACACAAACAGGCAUUCAAGAACACACUACAGGAUGCAGGAGGAGAACCUGUACCUGAUGAUCAGAACACCUGAGCAGGCCCCCAAGUUCUACAGGGCAGCAACCUGACAGCACCAGCCCUGCAUAAUUCUGUAGAGCCACCUCCACCCAAUAUCCACCUCCAGGACAACAAGCAGUGCAAAACAAAGCAAGGAUUAAACUGACAACCUUUAAACAAAUAAAAUUCUUUCUGUUCUGUAGC